AUGGAGUCCAUGGAGGUUUCUUCAGAUUCAAUGAAGACCACCCAACUGGUCUCAAGCCAAAAAGGAGGCCUUAGGACCAUGCCUUUUAUCAUAGCAAAUGAGGCAUUUGAAAGGGUUGCAAGUGUUGGGCUUCAUGCAAACAUGGUCCUGUACCUGAGAAAUGAGUAUCACUUUGAUAAUGCUACUGGAGCAAGCAUUUUGUUUGUGUGGGGAGCCAUGUCAAAUUUCAUGCCCAUUUUAGGGGCUUUUCUCUCUGAUUCGUACUUGGGUCGGUUUCGUGUGAUUGCCUUGGGGACAGUUGUUACACUAUUUGAAAAGAUAACAUCAAUUCACUGGCAAAAUACACAGGGAAUGGCUGUACUGUGGCUAACAGCCAUAUUGCCAGGAGCAAGGCCUCCUCAUUGUGAUCAAGAUUCAGACAUUUGUGCCAAAUCAAGGCCAGACCAGCUCGCGCUUCUGUUCUCAUCGUUCGCCCUCAUGGCGAUUGGAGCUGGUGGCAUUAGGCCAUGUUCUUUAGCCUUUGGUGCAGAUCAGUUUGACACCCCCAAUAACCCGAAAAACGAGAGUAUCUUGCAAAGCUUUUUCAACUGGUACUAUGCUUCUGUGGGAAUUUCUGUACUAAUUUCAGUGACUGUUAUAAUUUACAUCCAAACUGAAGCAGGUUGGGUUGUGGGUUUUGGGGUUCCUGUAGUCGUUAUGUUGUUAUCUACUAUUCUGUUCCUCUUGGUUAUAGUGAUGGCUUGGAAGAACAAACACCUUGCUUUCCCAACAAAGAAUUCUGAUGGAUGGUACCAUCACAACAAGGGUUCAAAACUCGUUACACCAACAGAAAAGCUAAGGUAUUUAGCAUCACUAUCAUCAUCACGUCGUGUUAUCUUUUCAAGUCAGUACUUAAAUAAAGCCUGCAUAAUUAAAAAUCCAGAGAAAGACUUAAACCCUGAUGGCUCAGCUUUAGAAAAGUGGUGUCUAUGCACAGUUCAACAAGUAGAAGAACUCAAAGCACUCAUCAAAGUACUGCCCAUCUGGUCCACUGGCAUCGUGAUUGCAGUAACCACCAGCCAACACUCCUUUCCAGUUCUCCAAGCCAACACAAUGGACAGAAGCUUCAUAAAAAGUUUCCAAAUUCCACCAGCCUCAUUAGGCGUGUUUGCAAUCCUCACUUGGACAAUUUGGAUAGCCACCUAUGAUCGAAUACUAGUUCCCAGGGUUUCAAAGUUCACCGGAAGGCCUCGUGGUUUCAGCCUGAAACAACGGAUGGGUAUCAGGCUAUUUCUCUCUUGCAUAGCCACCCUAGUAUCAGCAUUGGUGGAGAGAAGCCGACGAGGGUGA